CCUCGUCUGGUGCAGAAAUGGAGGGGUCGUUCUCUCUCUUCGUCCUUCAUGCUGUCGAUUUUCCUCGGUUUCAUCAGUUCACGACCAAUUCCAUAUCCCAAUCGUUUCCCCAUUGUACUACUAGGCUGCUUGCCUCUGAUUUGAAGCACUUGCGUUUCCGUGGCACUCGUCCGAGCAUGAAAGUUCUGCCCGUCAACUGCGCGGAGCGCAAUUCGCACAGACCGCGUUCACCGACGAUUAAGCGCAGCGACCUAGGACGCUAACAGUUCUCCGCGACACGGUCAGGCCAUGAAACCAGCAGAAGCAAUGGCGCCCUCAUCGGUCGUAUCCACGAACCUAAUCUCGAAGCCACCUCAUCUGACAGUAGCUACAUUCGACCUCGUAACUAGUACCAACCCCGAAUCCUUCUUGUCACCGCCUCCCUUCCUGCUCCCGCCGAAUGCGCGAAUCGCCGCGUGCAAACGAGACAAUCAUCCCUUCUCCGUCCGAUCCCUCGCCUCCGCUAUCCGACCGUCCGCAGUGCUCCUCCACCUCCUCCUCCUCUGCCUCGCGUCGUUCUCCCUCCACGUCGCCGACACGAACCGAAGUCUCUCACGCCUCUUUUUCCAUCUGCCUCACGAGGAUUCGACUGAAAGUUCCCUCUCCGUUGCAGAGAAUGCUCCCGCUUCCCCCGCCGAUGUGACGAGGUCCUCUUCAAUACUUAGAGAGCGCUUCCCUCCCAGCUUGACGAACACGAGUCGCAGAUUGACGGACUCGCCGUCCAUGGCCGUGAAAGCCGGCGCUCAUUCCCGGGGGAUUUUUCGCCACUUUUUUGUCCCCUCAAUGAUACCAGCAGAGCGCGAACAGCGGCGUCCGACGCGGUGGUUGCCGCACUCUUUUUGGCCCAGUCCCGUGCUUCCACGUGGACAAGCGGCGGGCCGCCCGGAUUCCGUGUCGUCAGCAGAAGCGUCGCGCGGCAGCAUCGUCGCGGCGCCGUCGGAAACAGAACCCCCCCUGCAAACGCCGCACCGCCGUAAUGACCUCAGUGAUCCGAGGCCAAUGGUAGCAGCAGCCGUCCUGGGACCGAGUUUAGCAGCAGGCACGAACCCGGCCGCAACAGCGGCAGCAGCGUCAGGGUAUGAUCAGGAUGCGGUGGUAAGGCAGCGCGGACAUGACCGGCACGGCGGGCAUAGCGAGGAGCAUAGAGCGCCGCGGCGACGUGUGCUGUUCCAGCGGUAUCAUCCCUCGAGCGUGUCACCUGCUGUGGCCGCGGCUGUGACGGCGGCAGCUGCUGCGGAUGCCGAGGCUGCUGCUGCAGUGGCAGCGGCGGUGGCGGGGGUGGGUCUGGAGGGUGGGGAGGGUGACGCGGCCAGGGAAGCUGCAGCAGCCGCAGCAGCCGAAGCCGACGAGCAUGCUGACCGCGUGGAUGCUGCUGCUGCGGCUCAUGCUGCUACUGCUGCUGCUGCUGCUGCCAUCACUGCCUCUGCUGGGGUACCUGCUGCGUCUGCUGAAUUUACUGGGCCUGGAGAGGCUCUGAUCGGAGGGGUUUCGCCGGACCAUGAAGAGAACGACCGACCGCAAGGAGCAAAUUCUGAUGCCGGGUCAGUAGACGGAGGACGAGGAGUAAAAACAUCUUCCCAUUCGAAGAGUCUCGUUUCGGAGGCAACAGCCGCUUCCUACUCAAAACCCUCCCCAUCCUCCACCUCCUCCACUUUCUCCUCUUCCUCCUCUUCCUCCUCUUCCUCUGUCUCCGAUUCCUUCUCUCUCUCCAUCUUCACAGCGCCAACCGCGCACAUGCUCGCGCCAGGCAUUCGCAUAAACGAGACCCUACUGCGUCGCCCCAUCCUUUCCUGGCUGCGCCUGCGCCCCACGCCGCAGGUUUACCUGCUUGGGAACCACCCGAGCCUGCACAACCUGGCUCGGCAGUUCCCGAACCACGUCCACGUGGACUCUCGUGUGGAGAGCUCGUUCGACGGUGUGCCGCUGUUUAGCUCCGUGGUUGCACGGGCAGAGGCCGUCAGUGCUGCUAGUCAUGCGAGGCAACGAGAGGCAUCAAAAGGGAAGGGAAGUAUAGAGGAGCAGCAGGAGCAGCAGCAGGUGAUUAUGGUGGUGGAUUCCCGUGUGAUUCUAUUGAAUGAUGUCAUGGACUCCGCACGCGCCCUCAUUAGACUAUCUGUUGGUAGAGGAGCACAAGGGGAGGGAGCAGGAGGAGGAAGCGGGGAACGUGGGGGAAUGAGGGACGAGGUAUCUAGGGUCGGCCGGACAAGAGGGCGGGAGCUGCUGGAAGGAGAGGAGAGCGGAAGGGGAGGGAAGAGGUGGGUGAGGAGGAGGGAGGGUGUGAGGGAGGGGGACCGGACGGGUGGGAUACAUGGGCGACAGUUGCAAGAGGGGGAGUCUGUGGAGGAGAGCGGGAUUUUUAGAGUUUUGGAUUUUGAUGAGGAGGACGACGAGGAGGUUAAGCUGUGGAUGCAACACCAGCAGCAGCAGCAGCAGAAAGAGCAGCAACAAGAGCAGCCAGUGCAACAGCAGCAGCAGCAGCAAGAACAACAAGCUCGCUUGAGCCUUGGGAGCAGCAGCAGCAGGAGUGGCAGUGGUGGCAGCAGUGGCAGUGGCAGCAGCGGUAGCAAGCAGCAGUACAGGCCGCAUAGACCACUCCCAUACAGCUCCCUACUGCUACCAGGUAUGAAGCACGAUAUAGCAGAAUCAGGCGGGGGUUGGGUGGUCGUAGCAGCUCCCAGGCUCCUCCGCCGCCUCCCUUUCUCCUUCGACCAUCUCCCGGACCACAUCCAGCCACGGAAGCACCGAGCCGCACAGGGUCUCUCCGAGCCUGAGGUUCGGGAAUUUGUGGUUCGGAACUCCGUGGUCGAGUCUGGUUCUGGAGAGCUGGCGCUUGUGAUGUGGAACCAAGUAGCGGGAGGCGAAGUGCCUCGCAGGGGAUUACUCAGGGACAGCCCCGGGGGCAGCAGCGGCAGCAGUGGAGGCAGUGACAGCAGUGGCAGCAGUGACAGCAGCGGCAGUGGAGACAGCAGUGGCAGUGGUGACAGCAGUGGCCACAUUGGCAGUAAUGAGAGACACUUGUUAUCUGGCAAUCUUCCUCUCUUGCCUGGGCCCAUUCCGCCCUUUGUGUGCGGCAGGGGAGGCCACUGGCAGUGGCUGCUGCGGCAGCUGGUGGUGGGGCGGGGGCGGCGGAGAGUGGCAGUGGACGGCACAAGUGCAGUGACAGCAGCCAUGGUGACGCACACUGGCGCGGCAGAGCACAGCGAGCAGAGACACAGACAGCAGUGGCUGAAUGGAGGGUGUGAACGGCGUGUGUGGGCGGGAGGAGGAGGGGGGCCGUGGCACUGUGAGGUGAACAGACAGCUGGAGGGGAGAGAGGCGGAGCAGCAGAGGCGGAUGUUGGAUGAGGGGGCAAUGGGGCUGCUGAGCGACCAAAGCGGCCGCAGGGGAGGUGGUGGCAGUGGGAGUGAGAGUGAUGGCAACGUGGCGGGUUCAGAGGGGAAGGAAGUUCCCAGGUUCUCAGUGGCGGUUCCUUCUGUCAUGGACCUGCCCUGGGCCAUCAUGCCGUGCCAUCUCAGCCUGGCGACCACGUCCGUGUGCCUCCUUCCCCGCGUGCGCCCCUCCUCCUGCCCGUGCGAGCUCGCGCCAUAUCACCGACGCACAGCAUCCGACGCCAUACCAGCUCCCCAGGACCCUGCAUACGUCACAUGCAGCCUCCCUUCCAGCCACGCCUUGCGGGCCGACCAUGCCGCCGCUGCCUCGUCCAAGCACGGCAAUUCCACUGGCCCAGCCCAGCCCAGCACUGGCAGCAGCGCUGCAGCUUCUGCAGCUGCCGCCUCUGCAGUUGGUGCGGGAGCUGUGGUAGCAGGGCAAGGGGAGGGGGGAUCGGAAGGGGAGGAUGGGGGGGGAGUGAGGGUGAGGGAAGGGCAUUCGCUGCAGGCGCUGCUGCCGGUGGUGGUGGACAGAAACGGGCUGGUGGUGCUGGUGGCGGUGGCGGACCGCGACCAGGACAUGCUGCUCAGCUUCGUGUGCAUGCUGCGGCGUCUCAACAUCACCAACUUCGUCAUUGCAGCAACCGACCUUCCGAUCCUCUCCUUCGCAUACCUCCACUCCCUCCCAGUCUUCCACAUCCCCUCCACCAAUACCACUUCCUCCUCCCCCCUCUCCUCCUCCUCCACUUCCACCUCGCAGCCCUGCACUUCCCUCUUAUGCCGGCACCGCCACUCCAUCCACGUGCGCACGCAAGCAGCACUAGCAAUAGUCCGCCUAGGCUACCAUGUAGCCUCCACCCUCAUCGACACCGUCUGGUUCCAUAACCCACUCCCGGACCUCCUCGCGUUCGGCCCCAAUGCCGUGGCGGUGCAGAGCAGCGUGACGGACGAGGGGCAGCCGGCUAACAGUGCGGAGGGCACGAGCACCAUGAGCACGGGGUUUUUCUUUGUGAGGGGGGAGGUGAAGUCUGCUGCUGCGCUGGCAGCCGUGGUGGCGCAUGCUGGUGGGAGCAGGAUGGCCGAGCACCUGAGCUUCUUCCGGGUGCUGUGUGGGGAGAAUGGGCAACUGCUGCUGGGUUCGGAUGCCUGCAGGUCAGCAUCAGGGGUGGAGACACGGCUACUGAACCGCCGCCAUUUCCCAACAGCAGCCAUGUUUGGCCUGUGGGACUCGGCCAAUGUGGGGCUGGCGUGUGGGCGCAUCGGGUGCCGGGUACUCCCCAGCGACCACAAGCUAGCAGGUAAGGCCGAGAAACGCCGACGGCUGCAAGAAAGCGGGCUGUGGUUUGUAGAUUCGGCAACAGGAACGUGUGUGUAUGGAUAACAUUCGUCUUUGUCUCCUUGCAAGUGUUAAAAUGCGUGAUGUCCUCAUGGCUUAUGGUUCCUACAGCUAGUGAAGUGAUUAGUUAUUUCAAAGGUUGAUAACCUUCGCUAUAUGUGUAUUCUGGAACCUUACGCGGAUUGCUUUACAUUUCUACAACGCGA